CAAUACUAUGUUUAUGGCCUUAGUCAUGUUAGUUAUGGCUGUAUAAACUAGCCACAAUUUAGACGAAACGGCCGUCUGGCAUUGAUACCAAAUUUUAUCCUAGGGGCGGAUUCAGACAUUUUAAAAAGGGGGGUCCACACCCGUAACAAAUAGAUUAUUACUAUGACGACACAUCAAAGUUUCGUUUCUUUAGCGAUACUUAUCGCCAGUCAUUAGUCACUGUGAUCAAUUAUACUCAUUUAGGAUUAACAUUCGACCCACGAUGCUCGAUAGUAAUACUAGUUUACAAAUCUUUGAAUUGAAGUAGUCACAUUUUAAACAGCUUACUUUAUUACAGGUGUCAGAUCAAAUAAUCAUGACCACAAAUGAUUUAGCUAUCAUUAUUUCAACCUACUUUAGCCUAGGUUUGCAAUAUGAAGAAAUUAUUGGUUUGUUGGCUCAAAGACAUAAUGUUAUUUUAUCUAUGAGAACUUUGAAAAGACGCUUAGCUUCGUAUGGAUUGUACAGACGAAAGAAUUUUUCGGAUAUUUUCCAAGUUGCUAUGUUUAUCUUCGAACAACUAAAGUCAUCUGGUUGUCUCCAUGGAUACCGUUGGAUGCAUUCGAGAUGCUUACAGAAUGGUUUUAUUGUCCAAAAGGAGAUGGUAAGAAUCCUAUUAGGCAUAUUGGAUCCUUCUGGCGUUGCUGCGAGAGUUAAGCGCAAACUAAAAAGAAGGCACUAUAGAUCCAAGGGUCCCAACUACAUAUGGCACCUUGACUCAUAUGAUAAGUUAAAACCGUAUGGAAUUUGUGUCAACGGAUGUAUAGAUGGGUUUUCAAGGUUUAUAAUUUGGUUACGUGUUGGUAGAAGCAAUAAUAACCCACGAAUUGUAGCGGGAUUUUAUGUAGAAGCUUUGACUUCUUUAGAAAGGGUACCACAUUCAAUACGAUCAGACAUGGGAACCGAAAACAGUUAUAUUGCUGAAAUGCAGUCAUUCUUAAGGAGGAAUGGUCCCGGAAGCAGAACAGCUUUUCUCUAUGGAACAAGUCAACACAAUCAACGUAUAGAGAGCUGGUGGGGAAUACUUAGAAAAGAAUGUGUACAAUUUUGGAUGGAAUUCUUUGAACAGAUGAAGCAAGACGGCUACUUCACAGGCGACUUCAUCGAUAAAAGUCUGAUACAAUAUUUUUUCAUGGAUAUUAUCAGAAAAGAGCUUGAAAAUGUCGUUGAAACAUGGAAUGCACACCGAAUUCGCAAAUCGAAGCAUUGCGACAUAAACGGGCGUCCAAUGGUCUUAUACCAGGCACCUUUCUUGAAAGGCACCGAGGAUUAUUCACUACCUUUGGACAAUGUCGAACUAAAUGCUUGUGCCGAGGAGUGUGACUUCGACGAUUCAGACUGUGACAAUGACAUUUUGGACCUGGCUGACAUAUUAAUGGAGGAAAACAGCUGGACAAAAACAAGAGAUCCCUAUGACAGAGCCACACUUUAUUUACAAAUGAGGGAUAUAAUAAAACAAAAUUUAUAAUUCAAUAUUGGUUUUAUUAAUAUUAUAUUUAUUUAUAAAUUUACUAAAAUAAAUCUCUCUACAUUAAACAUAUACAACUUGAAAAAUGUUUUAGCAUGAACAGACAAUCGGAUUAUUUGGCAUGCGUCAAUGAGGCAACGUUCCAUGCAAUAGCAUAGAACAUGAAAAAAAAUGGGGUCAUCUGGUGACACGGAUUAAGAUUAUAUACCACAUCACAUGACGUACCCGACACCGAAAAGAAUGUAUUAAAGUUUUACCAAAUUCCAAAAUCAACAGUAUUAUAAUAUGAAAUUGACUACAAGCUUUCGAUUUUUUUUCUCAUUUCCUGAAUUAAGUAUUGUUUAGACAUCUUCGUGAUAUUUGUCAAUUGAAAUUACAAGAAGCCGGAAUAGUAUUUUUUUUAUUAAGAUAAGACCCGUAAUUUUAGGUGUGUAUAUCUUUCAUCAGUGAUGCUGUGAUAUAUGAUACCUAAAGCACAUUGUACUGAUGAGCAUCAUUUGCUCAAAGUAUUAAAGAAUAGAAUUACUAGUAAUACUCUUACUAUGCGACAUGCCGUUUUAUGAUUACAAUCAUCACAGU